UUACCCUCUAAAACACUGCUUUCUACUAAGGCGCCGGUAGUACAGGUGUACACUGUAGGUUGUAUUAUAAAUAACUAGACAGGACGAAGAGUUUACAGCCACACUGACGGGCUAAAUGCCGGCGUCAAGAUGCUGACAUGCCGAGAGCGACAAUGCUAACACUGUGAAGUGUAGCAGGUGUAACUCUUACCACGGUCACCCACAGUAGUUUAGCCUCUUAGCACAUUAACAUUCGCCAGCUAGCAAUAAUCCCGAAGCCCUGCUGAGGCUGGUGGGGGAAAGAGGUUUGACGUUCAGACACUUCACGAGAUAGGGGAAAACUUUGACCUGGUGGUGAUGCUAGAGGAAAGAAACAGGUGGCCACCAAACAGUAGGAUACAUCCUGACCGAGUCUGUGAAAAAAAAAAAAAAAAAAAUGUCAUGGCAAUCCAUCUAAUAGAUAUUGCAGUGUCUCACAAAAUAAGUGGAAAAACGUACAGAUAUUUCAGUCUGGACCAAAGUUGCGAACAGAGUGACGGACCAACAUUGCCUUGGCUUCAAAUCUUUUACUAAUGUUUUAUGGAACAGUUCGAAGUCAAAAGCGUGAUAGGAACAACGUUUUGCCAGGUUUCUGGUGUUUAGCCCUUCUCUGUGGCAAUAAUGCAUUUAGGAAUGCUUGAAAUCUAUCAUCAGAUGCUCAUGGGUUUCUCUCUUUUCUGAUAAUCCACUCUGCCACCUGAAAGUGUUAAUAGGUUGUUAGUAGAUGGGAUUUUGUCCAGAUGCUCUGCAAACCUUUCCCACAAAGGUAAGUGGUCUAACGGUCCAGGAGUUUGCUAAAAGACAAACAAAGGGUUGCGUUGGAGAAGGAUAAACAUAAUUGUAAAGCACUGCAAAUAUUUAAUAAAUCCAUUAGAUAGAAUCUAACAUUCCCUUAGAAAGGGUGCCAUAUUAGAAAGUGGUACCUUUUGCUAAUUGCUCCUUUUUGGAAGAAUUAAUUUCAGGUGACACGGAGGCACAAUGUGAUAAAAAUGUCCAGUAGUUCCUUAUAUAGAAUCACGUUAAAGGAGAAUACUAUACAGUUAUUCCAAUAUGUGUAUUACACUUUCAGAUAAAUGAACAGAAAUAUUAGAAGCAGUGUGCUUCAACUCUGAGAUCACUAAACUAAGAAAAAGACCAUGAAGUGUUUUAUGCAUAUUGAUAUUACACAUUCUAUUUGUAUAGCAAAAUAUUGUUUAAAGAAAGGUUUCGGUUUUACUUGGGAGUGAUAAAAUACCAAUACUGAUAUACAAGCGUUCUUAUAGUAAAUUUCAUCGAGAAUAUAAUCAUGCUCUCAGUACCCUUUACUGAUUUUGUAAAUAUAUGAAUAGAUCUAAAAAAGCACACGGUAAUUUAUUAUACAAAUAUGCCUAGUGUAUGUGGGUCCAAAGUCUGCAUUCAAACAAAUAACGGGCUCUUUGCAAAUAUGCUCUCUGAGCCUUGGUGUUGCGUCUUCAUGCACUCUUAGCCUAUUUGAUCAAAAUUCAUAUGAAUUAAUUUCAGUAUGACAAAUGUUUCAAAAGUGGCAGAGACUGACAUGGAUUUUGCACCAUUUAUUUGUUCAUUAAGAGUGUUUAUGAACAGUGUUUUGCCCUUUAUAAUAACAUUUAUUAUCAGAAAAAAAACUAUCUGAGAGCCAGCAAAAAUCAAUAAAACUGACUCGGCAACAAGAAUGGAUGCCAGAAAACCCCAGUAAAUCAAAGGUUAGUGUACUUACACAAAUGUUCAGAAAAGUGUGAGUGAUCUGCGAGACAGCGCACUCUCAUUUUACUCUCCUGGAUGUCCUCUGCUCCACUGCCAUCAUGAACCUAAAGCUUCUCUUCUUUUGCCUCUUCUUAGCGGUGCUGGUCAUACCUGCUGAACUGAGACGUAAAAAGUACAAAUAUGGGCAUCAUGAGGUAUCUCAGAAUGUACAGCAGGGCAGACAUGAGAAAAAGAGGGGAAGAUUUAAGGACAUAAUUGAAGACUUCUUCUUUGAGAUCUUAGACGGAACUGAUGACGACGACGACGAUGAUGAUAACAAUUUAGAAUGGCUUAUUGAUCUUCAAGAGCACUUAGGCCAAUGCGUCCCAAACCCUUGCUUAAACAAUGGAGUGUGUGAGCCAAAAGGCAAGAGAAAAUUCAAAUGUGACUGUCCCAGACCUUUCAAAGGAGAUAGAUGCGAGAAAGUUAAAAAAAUUUGUAAGAGAGGCAUAUGCGGACGGGGUGAAUGUGUGCUGACUUCACAUCCCCCGUAUUAUGAGUGCAAAUGCAAGGAGCCUUUCCAGCCCCCUGACUGCAGAAAUUUUAAACUGUGUGAGCCUAAUCCAUGUAGGAAUGGUGGAAAAUGCAUCAAGGAUGGUGAAGACUUUGACUGCCAGUGCCCUCCAGGGUACAGAGGACGUUUCUGCCAUGUUGGCCCGAAUGACUGUUAUGUGGAUGAUGGAGAGUCAUAUCGCGGUCAUGUGAGUGAGACAGAUGACGGUGACGAAUGCCUCUACUGGAACUCACACUUCAUCCUGGAGAAAGGAGUUGAUCCCUUCAACUCCUUCGAAGACAAAGAUGGACUUGGCCCUCAUAACUUUUGCAGAAACCCAGAUGGAGACACAAUGCCCUGGUGUUUCUUCAGAAGAGGCCGCAAGUUGCUGUGGGACCACUGUGAUGUGACAGAGUGUCCUAAGCCAACAGAUGUGGCGCCAACUGGAAUUACCCCCCCAGUCCCUGAUCCAAGUUUUGUCAAGCCUCAACCUACAGCAUACCUCAAGCCAACGACUGCAAAACCCCCAACGAAUCAAAAGCCCAGCGAAGCUCCUCAAACUUCUCCUGCACCCACUGAUGGUUCUCUCAUCCCCAGUACCACUGUACCACAACUGUUCUCCACCUGUGGCAAGCCUCAGCCAAAAAAGCAAAUUACCCGAAUUUUUGGGGGUCUGAAGGUCGCUCCCGGGGCUCUACCCUGGCAGGUGUCCUUGCAAGUGAGACCAAAGAACACCAACCGGCCAUUCACACACAUUUGUGGAGGAGUUCUCAUUGCUAGUUGCUGGGUACUGACAGCCGGACACUGCAUUGAACGAAGAAAGGACAUGCAGGUGGUUAUGGGAGGUCUGUCACUGGAUACGGUACAAGACACAGAGCAAACCAUAAACGUUGAAGCGGCUAUUGUACAUGAGAACUACAGGGAGACUCCUAACGCUGUAUACAAUGACAUAGCCUUGCUGAGGCUGAAUGGUACCGAUGGAGUUUGUGCCAAUGAGUCCCAGUUUGUGAAGACAGCCUGUCUGCCUGAUGCCCAACUGCCUGAUGGGAUGGAGUGUACUAUUUCUGGGUGGGGUGCCACUGAGGAAUCUAUUUAUGGUUCCAACCACCUGCUGGAGGCCAAUGUACUGCUGAUUAACCAGCAGAAAUGCUCUGAACCCGUUAUUUAUGGCCCGGUCCUGGAUAAUACCAUGUUCUGUGCUGGCCACCUGCAGGGAGGGGUUGAUUCCUGCCAGGGUGACUCUGGAGGGCCACUGACUUGUAAGGAGAACAAUAUCAACGUCAUUUAUGGCCUGGUGAGUUGGGGAGACCAAUGUGGGAGGAAGAACAAGCCUGGGGUCUACACUCGGGUCACUCACUUCCUGAACUGGAUCAAGUCAAAAACUGAAGCAGCAUCUCCAUAAGCAGCAUGCCAGCCAGUGUAGCCAAAGGCCAAGAGAAGGGUUUAGCUUUUGGAUUUUGAGCAGUUGAACCUGCUAUUUUGCUUUUGUGGUCUACAUCAUGGUAAAUUUUAAUGCUACCUAAAUCAACCUUUCCAAAAAAAAAAAAAAAAUCUGACAAAGCACUUUAUCAAACUCGUCGUUGAGUAAAUUUGCAUUGUCAUUUCAGUUUAAUGGGUUUCUAUCUGUUACAUAUCGUUUAGAACAGAAAAGCCUGAAAUCUUAAAUCUACUGUUCAUCUAAAUGUCACAUUUCCUUAUUUUUCCCCUGAAACUUUACUUUCAUUCUGGCCCAAUUCAAUCAAAAACCUUAUAUUAAAAGUGAUGUGCAUGUAGAAAAGGAAAAGACGCAAUAAAUGUAAAAUGUGACUGCUGUGAGCCCCUUGAGGGGAAAAUUGUCAUAUUUUCAUAUUUAUCAUGAUCAGGUGGUCCCUCAUCCUCCUAUUAAUCAUUGGUCUCUUAAUUUAUCAUUCCUUGUAGAAAUGGGGUCAGAUGCAUCAGUGCUCUAAAGUAGUGACAGGAUAUUUACAGCACACUGAUAAAUGUUUCAUCUUGCUGGUUACUUCAAUCUUGAGUGUCUCUUCAUGCUGCUCUCUGCCUUUAUGUCUUUAGCGUAUGUACUCACCGGGCCUAAAGCUGGUUACACCCCUGAUCAAGAUAAGAGUCAUAGUGCUGGAAUGUACUUAAAACCACAAAUGGGUGUAAAAUGUAGAUUUUAUUUACAUAGGUAUGUGCCGCCUGUUUCAUCCUGGUUUUUAAGAAUAUGUCUUUUAAUAAACAAGUGCACAACAUUUCUGCUCAAAAUGAAUUAAGCUUACAUUUCAUUUUCAUUUCAUCAUGCAAGGUUUUGUUGAUGAGCCACAAAAUAAACCGAGUCAAAGAAAAUAGAGAUAUAGAAAAGGAGCAGAUGGUUUGAUAUCGAAUUUUAGAUUGCACUCUCUUCAGAAAGUAGGUAUUUAUGUACAUAGAGAAAAAAACCUACUGUAAGAAUACUAAUAAAAAAUAGAUUUAAAGCCCCUGUG